AUGGCACCGCCGGCUCUGAUCUGCGAAACCGAGCCGUGGAAGGAUUUGAAGGCCCAUGUCGAGGACAUUGAGAAGACUCAUCUGCGUGAAUUGAUGGGUGACGCAGAGCGGUGCCAGUCCAUGAUGGUUGAGUUCGACAGGAUAUUGUUGGAUUAUUCGAGGCAACGUGUAACUCUUGACACGUUGAGUAAGUUAAAAAAAUUAGCAGAGGCAGCUCAUUUAAAAGAGAAGAUUGAUCGGAUGUUCAAGGGAGAGCGUAUUAACAGUACAGAGAAUAGAUCUGUCCUUCAUGUAGCACUUCGUGCUCCAAGGGAUUCAGUCAUAAAUAAUGAUGGGAAGAAUGUGGUCCCGGAUGUUUGGCAAGUUCUUGAUAAUAUCAAAGAUUUCUCUGAUAGGGUCCGCAGUGGUGCCUGGGUUGGAGGCACUGGGAAAUUGUUGGAAAAUGUUAUUGCAAUUGGAAUUGGAGGCAGUUUCCUUGGUCCUCUCUUUGUACAUACAGCACUUCAAACAGAUCCAGAAGCUGCUGAAUUUGCUAGGGGGCGCCAGUUGCGGUUCCUUGCAAAUGUCGAUCCAGUUGAUGUUGCGAAGAACAUUGCUGGGUUAAAUCCUGAAACAACAUUAGUUGUGGUGGUAUCAAAAACUUUUACUACAGCCGAAACCAUGCUGAAUGCCCGGACUCUAAGGGAGUGGAUCUCAGCUGCCUUGGGGCCUGAAGCUGUGGCAAAGCACAUGGUUGCUGUCAGCACUAAUCUCACGCUAGUUGAAAAGUUUGGUAUUGACCCAAAAAAUGCAUUUGCCUUCUGGGAUUGGGUUGGAGGGCGCUAUAGCGUUUGCAGCGCUGUUGGAGUAUUGCCUCUUUCUCUGCAAUAUGGAUUUGAAGUUGUUGAGAAGUUCUUAAAAGGAGCUUCAAGCAUCGAUCAACAUUUCCGUUCUGCACCUUUGGAGAAAAACUUACCUGUGCUAUUAGGCUUAUUGAGUGUUUGGAAUGUGUCAUUCCUUGGAUAUCCUGCUAGAGCCAUUCUACCUUACACUCAAGCACUUGAAAAAUUUGCCCCCCACAUUCAGCAGGUUAGCAUGGAGAGUAAUGGAAAAGGGGUAUCAAUUGAUGGUGUUCCCCUUCCCUAUGAAGCUGGUGAGAUUGACUUUGGUGAACCAGGAACAAAUGGACAACACAGCUUUUAUCAACUAAUUCACCAGGGUCGAGUUAUUCCGUGUGAUUUUAUUGGUAUGGUAAAGAGUCAGCAACCUGUCUACCUGAAAGGUGAAUUGGUCAGUAACCAUGAUGAGCUCAUGUCGAACUUCUUUGCCCAGCCUGAUGCACUUGCUUAUGGGAAGACUCCAGAGCAGUUGUUAAAAGAGAAUGUUCCUGACCAUCUUGUUGCUCACAAAACUUUCUCCGGCAACCGGCCAUCUGUUAGCCUUCUGCUUCCUUCAUUGAAUGCUUACAAUGUUGGACAGCUGCUGGCGAUUUACGAGCACAGAAUUGCUGUAGAAGGGUUCAUCUGGGGCAUUAAUUCGUUUGACCAAUGGGGAGUAGAAUUGGGAAAGUCACUGGCUACGCAAGUCAGAAAGCAGCUUCACGCUUCUCGUAAGAAAGGUGACCCGGUUGAGGGCUUCAAUUUCAGUACAACAACACUUCUAACAAGAUAUCUAGAGGCAAAUGCAGACAUUCCAAAGGAGGACUGCACAAUUUUACCAAAGAUGUAA